UGUGCGCGGCCAUGGCGGCCGUGCGGGUGCUGCCCGCCUCGCCCAACUGGUACAGCAGCCGCUGCAGCGAUGCCAGCGGCGACGGCCGCCUCUUCGGCUUCGCGGCGAGGCACCGCGUCUGCCUGCUGGAUGUCAGCGCCGGCGCGCCGGCGUUUUACGGAGAACUCGUCGGGCACACGGAGAGGAUCUCUGGGUUCACCUUUUGCCCCUGUGCCGGGCAGAGCAACCUCUGCGCCAGCAGCUCCGACGACGGGAGCGUCAAGAUCUGGGACGCGGAGGCCCUGGCCGCGGUGGCGGAGUACAGCCGGCACCAGAAUGCAAUCUCAGCAUUGCACUGGUCACCUCUUGUGAAAGAUCUGAUUGUAUCUGGUGAUGAGAAAGGUAUCGUUGUUUGUUACUGGCACAACAGAAGUGACAGCCAGCAGUUCUUCCCAGAGCCUCGGACAGUUUUUUGCCUCACUUGUUCUCCUCAUCAUGAAAACCUGGUGGCAAUUGGCUACAAGGAUGGCAUGGUGGUUAUCAUUGAUAUCAGCAGGAAGAGAGAAGUACUUCAUCGGCUAAGAGGUCACGAUGAUGAAAUACAUUGCCUGGCCUGGUGCCCUGUGCCUGGUGAAGAAAAGUUCUCUGCUUGGCAAGAUGAGCUGCUCCAAGUAGGUCCUUCAGAAGAAGGCAGAGUUCCAAAUGGGGAGCUGACACAGGACACAACCACGAAGAAAGGUUGUUACCUGGCUUCGGGAAGCAAAGAUCAGACCAUACGAAUAUGGAGCUGUACUAGAGGCAGAAGUGUCAUGACUUUGAAGUUGCCACCCACAAAGAGGAGAGGUGGAGCCAUUGACCCUGCUGUUAAAGAGCGCAUUUGGCUGACUGUUCACUGGCCUUCUGGUCGUUCCGCAGAAAUUGUAUCCAGCUCUUUUGGAGGAGAACUUCUACUCUGGGAUUUGACCCAAUCUGGAAAACGCAAGUGGACCCUCCUUGGAUCUUCAGACGGACAAAAUCACUCCCGGAUUGUGUUCAAUCUGAGCUCUGUGAAGCAUCAAGACAAAGAGCUCCUUUUUUCCAUCUCAAUGGACAGAGAUGUGAAGUGCUGGGACCUGUCAACUCUGGACUGUAGCUGGACCAUGCCCACACUUGGAGGAUUUGUCUAUAGUCUUGCCUUCUCCCCUGUGGACACGGGCUGUCUUGCCGUCGGUGUUGGAGACAGCAUGAUCCGGGUGUGGAAUACUUUGUCCAUGAACAAUAUUUAUGAUGUUAAAACCUUCUGGCAAAGCAUAAAGUCCAAGGUUACAGCAUUAUCUUGGCAUCCAACUAAGGAAGGCUGCUUGGCCUUUGGAACAGAUGAUGGAAAAGUUGGCAUAUUUGACACUUUCUCCAGCAGUGCUAAGAAUAAGCCACCUCAGAUUUCCAGUACUUACCACAAGAAGACUGUAUACACAUUAGCCUGGGGCCCUCCAACUCCUCCUCUGUCUUCUGGAGAGGGUGAAGGACCCUCUGUAACUUUAUAUAGUUGUGCUGGAGAUGGUAUUGUUUUUCAACACAACCCCUGGAAUCUUAACGGAGAGGCAAAUGACAUCAACAAAGUCAUCCGAGACACUAAUUCAAUCAAACACAAACUGCCUGCACAUACAGAGAUCAGCUGGAAACCAGAUGGCAAACUCUUGGCUCUUGGCAAUGAAGAUGGCUCAAUUGAAAUAUUUCAGGCACCGAACCUGAAGUUACUCUGCACUAUCCAGCAGCACCAUAAACUGAUUAACGCUAUCCGUUGGCAUCACGAGCAUGGGAGCCAGCCAGAGCUGAGUUACUUGAUAGCUUCGGGCUCAAUCAAUGCCACCAUUUAUGUGCAUAAUCUGAAGAGCGUCGUAGAGAGCUCUUCAGACGGUCCUGUGACAAUAACAGAGCCCUUUCGAACUCUGGCUGGGCACACAGCUAAAAUCACAAGCCUUUCUUGGAGCCCCCACCAUGAGGGAAGAUUGGUAUCUGCUUGCUAUGAUGGCACUGCCCAGGUAUGGGAUGUUAUGAAGGAAGAGCCACUCUGCAACUACCGAGGUCACCAGGGCCGGCUGCUGAGUGUCCAGUGGUCACCAGUGGAUUCAGAUUCUGUUUAUACAGGAGCAGAUGAUUUUUCAGUUCACAAAUGGCACAUCUCAAAGCAGGAACAUACACAGCCUCCUCAGGGCAAAAAAAGUAUAGAAUUAGAGAAAAAAAGAAGUAUGCAACCAAAAGUGAAAAGCAAGAAGAAGAAGAAGCCAAUAGGAAAGAGUCCAGCCAAGCAGGAUCUAAGUGAUGCCGUGAAUGGAGAUGAGAGCGCAAAGGAAACAUUGCUAGAGGAAAAUGGUGUGUCAGACCAGGAAGGAGAAAAAGCAGCUGAGGAAGCAGAGUUGCCUGAUAAAGCCUCCACAAUUGUGUCCAAGGAUCCAUCUUCAUCUACAUGUGAUUACUCUUCAUUCAGCUUGCCAAAGCCUUUUGUGACACAGAAAACCACUCCUGUGAAAAAGGAUCCACCCAAAGAGAAACAAAUUUCUGACGCCUCUCUGAAGAAGAGGAAGCCCCGUUCUAUUCUACCCUUCAGCACAUUCAUGGAUCACAGAUCAAAAGAUGAAUUGUAUCAGGACUGCUUGAAGCUGGCUACGUGUCUGAAAGCUAAAGAUAAUAAUGAAGAUGUGUCCCCUGACCUGAAGGAUCGCAUCCACUUGGGGCUGUUCACAGACAGGGCUUCUCUGCACAAGAUGAUUGACGUGGAAGGAAAGCAUCACUUGGAGAAUGGGCAUCCAGAGCUCUUUCAGCAGCUCAUGUUGUGGAAAGGAGACAUGAAGGGUGUCCUCCAGGCAGCUGCUGAGAGGGGAGAGCUAACAGACCAGCUGGUAGCCAUCUCACCCAUGGUUGGAUAUCAGGCCUGGGUUUGGACAGUAGAAGCCUUUGCGAAGCAGCUGUGUUUCCAGGAGCAGUAUGUGAAGGCUGCCUCCCAUCUCUUGUCCAUCCAUAAAGUCUACGAGGCUGUUGAGCUCCUGAAAGUGAACCAUUUUUACAGGGAAGCAAUUGUAAUUGCCAAGGCCCGGCUGCGUCCAGAAGAUCCAAUUCUGAAGGAUCUCUACACCAGUUGGGCAGCUCUGCUAGAGAAAGAUGGUCAUUAUUCCAUGGCUGCCAAAUGUUAUUUGGGUGCUUCCUCACCCUAUGAUGCAGUUAAGGCCUUGUCCAAAAAGGGGGAUGUGACAUCCCUUAAAACUGCUGCUGAGCUUGCACUGAUAUCUGGGGAGGAGGAGCUGGCAGCGACUUUGUCUUUCAGAUGUGCCCAAGACCUGCUGUUAUCCAGGAACUGGGUGGGAGCUCAGGAAGUCCUUCAGCAACAUAGAACUUUAUUUGGACAAAGACUUGUUUUCUGCCUUAAUGAACUGCUUUGCAAGUGCCUUAGUGAAAGAAAUCCCUGUGACAGAAAGAGCCCUGUGCCUCCCUGUUAUCACACCUGGGAGCUGAACAGGGAGGCCUCCUUUAUUGACAUGGUGAUAGAAGUAUGGCAGAAUGUAUUUGGCAUGGAUUCCACUGAACAAGCCACAUGUGCACAGGAGCAGCUGCGCAGUAUUGAGCAUCCUCCUUCUACCAACAACACACACCCGAAGCAGGUGCUUUUCCACAUUUCCCAUGACCUGGCCCUUGCAGCCUUGAGCUAUCAGACUGCAACCUGGGAUGAGGCAGUGAAAAGUAUUCUUGGAGCCGUGACCCGCAGUUAUGAUGCUGGUAAUUUUACUCUGAUGCAAGACAUUUGCAGUAUCCUCCUUCCUGAAGGCUGUGAUAACCUGAGACACAAACUGGACAGCACCAAUUCUCAGAGCAUGGCUGCUUGCAGAAGCUUAGAGGCCUUUGUGGCUUACAGCCAGCUGUAUGACCUGUGGUGGAACCCACCCAAAGAGUCCCUUGUCUUACAAAAGGCUGCUUUGGAUCCUGUGCUGUGUCCCAGUGAGCAGACAGCACUCGAGAACAGUUACAUUUCAGGUCAGUCCUCCUCUGAAGAAACUUCUGAUCAAACUGCACUUGAGACAGAUGAAAAGCUCUACAAUACAACUGAAGUCUGUAGGCAUGAGACAGAGGGCGAUUCAGGAACUAGCUCGGUUGAUUUGACAGACAGACAGUCAAAACUGAAUGCCUGCAAAGUGCUUCUUUCAGAAGAGACUGCUGCUUUACAGAACACCCAGAGAGACAUAGCUGAGGUCCAGCAGAUUUUAGCAGAUAUGAUUCACCAGCACCAGCAGCAGAGGGACAAUCUCCAGGAAAACACAAAUGGAAGCACCCAGGAAAGCACCAUACAGCAGAGGUCAGAGACUGAAUCAGACAAACCAUGCUCUGAGAGCAACCAGAUGAAUGGUAAAGAUGAAAUAAAGGAACCAAUCACACUCCCUGAGCUAACGAAGCAGCUUCUAAAAGCAAAGCAGAAACUAGCAGAAUUUCCAGACAAUUUAAAGGUCUUCUCAUUCCCUAACGUGCUGGAGUGCUGCCUUGUGCUGCUCCACACUGGAUCCCAGUGCCCUCGUGACCUACACGAACAGGCACUGCAUCUCCUGAAGGAACAUGGUAGUGCUAAUACUUACAAAAAGGCUGUCAGGAGGUUCUUGACAUGACAUUUCGAGACCCUUGAGCUGCCUACAGCUACGUGACACCAAGGCUGCUCUUUCUUCAAGUGAAGGCUUGUUUUGCUGGUUGUGCUUAUUUUGGAUACCAGGUUUAUAUACAGACUUGUGGUCAACUUCUACUACUUUAAGGGGAUUGUGUUAAAAAACUGAAAAGCAGCAGGUUGUGGCCCUGAACCCUAAUACAUGAUUUUUGUAUAGUCUCCUUAUUUGUUGGCAGUUACACUAAUGAAAGAGCUUGCUAUUUACAUUGUAAGAAACAGUUUUGAGCAGCUCUAUCAGCCUUUCACCAGAGGAGGAAGAGUAGCUGCCCUCAGGAAAAACAAUGGUUUCAGUAAGCAGACUGACUCUUAAGUCAGUAUUGUUCCUAAAAGCAUUGUGAUUUCAUUUUCUCUCCUAUAAAUAAAGUCUCCUACCACCAUGAAUUGGUAUUUAAUUUGAUGGAUAGAAAUAGGUAUGAAUCAAGGGCAGAUGCAUUAAAAAUAAGCUUGUUUGGGUUUUUUGUUGCGUGUACUACACAAAUCAAACUCAGUAGAUAAAAUUGAUGUGUGUUGUGACUUACCUUUGCAUAGUGAAGCCGCCUCUGCAACUUACAAAGCGAAGGCACGAUCUUUUGUAUUUGUUCCCAGCACGACUAGCAAGAGAAGGGGUUGCUGCAGGUCAGAAGUCCUUUCUUUUGGCAACGUCCACGGCUGAACAAACUGCUCUUUGCUACAGUGAUGAUAACUUUGAAGUAUGAUCAAGUUCUCUCACAGCUCUUCUAGAAUAAAUGUCAACACCCAAGCCCAGAUUCUGGAGUCCUGAACAUGCAACGAUUCUAACAGUGCUGCAGCUUGCCCAAAAGCUUUGCCUGUCAUAACCAGCCUUCUUCUUUCCUUAGGAAGAAUUUUUCUAAGUCCUAGUGAACACAGCAUCUAUCUUAGUAAUUCUUAGAAACAAGCUGUGAAAUGCAACAGCAAAGCUGACAGAGUGAGUUGUGGAUUUAGGAAGUUUGUAAGUAAAAUAAAGAUUAUUUUUUAAGAAAAAA